CCUGUCUCCACACGUUCAGAGAAGCAGGUUAUCACUACCGCCGUCUUCAUCGUCACCAUCAUCAUAAGCUCCUAUCAAAGAACAACACCGGCAUAUUAUCAUUUCCCGCAAGACCAUUCGAACGGCGACAUGGGUUCGGUCCUCUCCGCUAUCCGGUCCGCGACCAAGACCGUCGGAGCUGUGGCCAGGCUCCUCCUGGACCUCAACAGGCAGUAUCAGACGCUGCUAGCCAGGGUCAACGCGGCGCCCGGCAUGCCGCACGAGAGGCCCUCGAGCCCGUACUGGCUCGACGACCCGCCGUUCCCGGAGCUCGUGGGGAUGCAGUCCGAGACGCUGGCGCGGGAGGCCGACGUAGUGGUCAUUGGAAGCGGCAUCACGGGCGUCGCCGUCGUCAGGGGAUUGUUCGCCGCCGCCGCCGCCGCCGCUACAGACGCAGAUGAGGCUGGCGAUGGGCCGAAAGUCGUGGUGCUCGACGCGCGGGCGCUGUGCGCAGGCGCCACGGGGCGGAACGGCGGGCAUGUGAAGGCGAGCCCGCACGAGCUGUUCCCCCGGCUGGCGCGGUACGUUGGAAGGGAAGGGGCGGCGCGGCUGACGCGGUUCGCGCUUCGGACGGCGGAGGCCGUGCUGGAGGUCGGCGGGAUGGAAGGGAGGGAGGUGGCGGAGUGCAGGGUGGUCGAGACGGUCGAUUUCUUCCUCGACGCGAAGGGGUACGAGGAUGGGGUGAAGGGCGUCGAGGAGCUGAGGCAGUGGGUGCCUGAGGUCGAGGUCGAGGUGCUGGGCGGGGAAGCAACGGUCGAGCGGUUCGGGGCAGAGGAGGGCCACGUCUUUGGCAGCCUGGUGUACAAGGCCGGCGCUCUGUGGCCGUACCGGCUUGUCUCGGCGAUCUGGAAGGAGCUGCUGGACGCGCAGGGCGGGAGGCUGGCGUUGGAGAUGAACACGGCUGUGGAGGAGGUCGUGUUGGAUGCCGCGGGCGAUGGGGAGAGGCCGUACGUUGUUAGGACGGGGCGGGGUUCGAUUCGGGCGAGGCAUGUGGUGCACGCGACGAACGCGCAUACCGCGCAAUUUCUGACGGGGUUGAGGGGGAAGAUGGCAGGGGUGAAGGCGCAUAUGACAGCGCAGCGGCCCGCGGCGGCGGCGGCAGCAGGUGGUGAUGACGACGGUGAUGGCGACAGGGGUGGGGACGGUUUCCGGUGGAAGGAUGGCAGCGGGCCCGGGAGCCGGUCGUGGAGCAUCGUUUACGGCGGGGGUAUGUUCGACUACGUGACGCAGCGGCCGAACGGGGACGUGAUGCUCGGGGGCGGGUUCGGGCGCAGCGCGGGGCAGGGGGUCGACAUGGUGGGCGUGUGGGACGACUCCGGGACGGAGUCGAUGACGGUGGCGCACGUGGCAGGCGUCAUGAAGGCCUUGUUCGGGGCGCGUUGGAGCGGGAAUGUGACGAGGGCGUGGAGCGGGAUUCUGGCCAUGACGGGGGACAUGGCGCCCUUUGUUGGGCGGGUUCCUGAGGCGCUGUCCGGGGCCGGGGGGAAGGGAGUCGCGCUGCGGGGUCGGAAGGGCGAGGAGAAGAAGAUGAGGUUGAGAGCGAAGAAGGUUGAUGACGGUGAGGAGGAAAGGUGGAAGGGGGCCGGGGCCGGGGAGUGGGUCAGUGCCGGGUAUUGCGGCGACGGCAUGGUGUGGGCGUGGCUCUGCGGCACGGCGUUGGGAAUCAUGGUCGCGGGCAAAGAGAAUGUUGCGUUGGAGAAGGGCGCUGGGUUCCCCGGAGGCAAGUUGGACGAGUGGUUCCCCCGGGAGCUGUUGAUCACGGAGGCGAGGGUCAAGAAGGCCGACAUGAGCAACCUGGUGGAUGAGUUACUGUGACGGGAGCGGGCUUCCAACGGAGCGGCGAGGCAGUAGCACUUGGUGGCACCACGAUGUAAUGGGAAGUAAACAGAAAUAAGGGGGAAGCAAAACGGCAUGUGUUUAGCUUGACAUUGAAAAACGAAUUGGUAUGAAAUGCACGCAUCAGUCAAGAAAUGCGUGUUAAACAGGCUUUUUGUUUGUUGUUGGUAAGGGCAGCGGCUCAAGCCAA